AUGUUGGAACAUUUAGUGUACGCUACAAUACUGCUAGUAGCCUUGUACUCGGACGUGGUGCAAGGCAGUGAACAGUCGACAUUCAAGAGUGGCACCCCGAAGUCCCCCAGUUGGGCUGAAAAGUAUGGAAGCCAAUUCGACCAGACUUUCUCCGGCCCCCUGGCUUUCUCUCAUCUCCCUUACACGCGUUGCUUGCAAGAGGACGAUGUCGGUUUCGACGUCGCGAUCCUGGGUAUGCCUUUCGACACAGGGGUGACAUACCGCCCAGGCGCAAGGUUCGGGCCUUAUGCAAUUCGCUCCGGGAGCAGAAGGCAGCGUGAAUCGCGCGGAUACACACUGUCCUGGGGCAACAAUCCAUACGAAAGUGGCUUGAAGAUUAUUGAUUGUGGUGAUGUUCCGGUCAACCCCUUUGAUAAUGCUCUGGCCGUUGACCAGAUGGAGGUCGCAUACUCUACGCUGCUAGAUCGGCCUGUACCUAUCAAAGAGCAGGCUUCGAAGGCUUCGUGGGUCAAGGCACAGGAUGGAUUGAUCCAUCCGCGUAUCAUCAGUCUCGGCGGUGACCAUACUAUUGUUCUCCCGAUCUUGAGAUCUUUGUACAAGUUGUACGGACCGAUCUCCGUCAUCCAUUUCGACGCUCAUCUGGACACUUGGGCUGGAUACCCAGGCCAGUUCACCGAGCAAUCGCGGGUUACGCACGGGACGUUCUUCUACCUCGCGCAUGAGGAAGGUUUAAUGUCCAACACAAGCGUCCAUGCCGGGAUACGAUGCAAGCUUGCUGGCGUUGACGACAUUGAGAACGAUCAAGCGGUCGGAUUCCAGCUAAUCUCGACAGACGAUAUAGACGACCUUGGGAUUCCUGAGGUUGUGCGCCGGAUUAGGGACCGUGUAGGGGAUUCACCCGUCUAUCUCAGUCUUGAUAUCGAUGUCAUAGACCCAGGAUUAGCUCCCGCGACUGGCACGCCUGAGGCUGGCGGUUGGACCACUCGCGAAGUGAAACGUAUUCUAAGGGGGCUUGCUGGCCUGAACUUCGUUGGGGCUGAUGUGGUCGAGGUCGCACCUGCGUAUGACAACGCUGAGAUCACCGCCAUUGCCGCAGCAGAUCUCGUUCACGAUUUCUUAUCCAUGUUCCUAUCAAAAACUCAGACUGCCUCAGUUAGAGACGAGCUCUGA